AUGAGAUGGGCGAAUGAUAUUAAGAAGAUCGGAGGACACAACUGGAAGCAAGUGGCGCAAAAUAGAAGACACUGGAUUGAUUUGGGGGAGGCCUAUGUCCAAAAUCCUAAGCCUCCACAGGCUCCCCAAAACGUGACUGUAGGUCCUCUAGUUAAGACAAACGGCAGCUUGAACGUACUGUUGAAAUGGACUCCUCCCAUUUCUGACUUGCCAAUCGAGAGGUACAAAGUGUUCUGGAGCAGAAGGUUACAAGGAGCCAAGGCGUUGGAUUCCGUACUUGUACAACAACAAGUACUGUCCAAGGAAGACGUAUUAGUUAACGGAGUACGUCUAAAUAAUACUAGAUACGCCGACGAUAUAGUAGUGUUUGCAGAUAGCUUGGAUGGUUUAAAAACAAUAAAAUCGCACAUAUUAGAUAUAAGCAGAGAAUACGGACAGAAAGGAGGUUUGCACCCCAUGUAA